UGCUGGUGGUGUUUUUCAAAACCCACCAGGAUGCGCAGCCCUGACAAGGGGCUUAUUCUUUCUUGCGAGACGCGGUUCGCGUCUGUUUACUCCAUGCUAGAGAGGCUGUUGGCCCUGCAGGACACUCUGCAGGAUAUGAUGCGCGGGGUCGACGCGCGGGCUUUUGCUUCCAUCCCAUGGUCCGCCGAUGUGUGCGUCACGGUGGAGUGGUACGAUGCUUGGCUUGUGGGGCAAGCCAGGAGGUUCAUUUUGACGCAGACGGGAUUCGAGUUGGACGGUGCGGAGUACAUCCUUGCAUGUAGGCAUUUUGAGGACUUCCACAUUCAGCACGGCAGGUUCGGGGAUUGGGGCGGUCCGGAGGGGCGUGCUCAUGGGCGCCCGUGCAGCGGCAACAGCGAGACAAUUGAGUGCGCGUCUUGGUGGUCUCAGUACGGGUCUCGCGCGCCAGAGUUGCAGCGUUGCGCUCUUCGGGUGAUGCACAUGUGGUCUUGCGCCUCUCCAGCGGAGAGGAACAGGGCAGUCCACGAGGGCAUUCACACGAAGAAGUGCAACCAGUUGGCCUUCGAGAAGGUCGUGCAACUCGUUGAGAUCACCGCAAAUGUGCGGUUGACUGAGUAUCGGCAGGCUGGAUGCGGUUAUGUGUUGCCAUGGCAGCGGGACGAGGGCUUGCUGGAUUGUCAGGCAGGACUCGAGUUGGAGCCUGUGCGCACGGGGACUCGCAGGGGGAUUACGGACGAGGAGAUUGCCCGUCAGGUUGCACUUAUUACCCGGGAUCCCAUCGGGGCGUCCGCACCACCCUCGGCUGAUGCCGUUUUCGAUAGACGUGCUUGCAUUUUUCGUCCCUACCCCAGGGAGGACGACUCAGACGAGGAGCCGAUACCCGACGCGGCAGACGACCCUGCGCUCCUCAUUCCCCGGGAGAUCGACGAGACGCACGAGGAUCCCGACUCCGAGGAGACGAGGGCACAAACUGCACACCAGUCGGCGGACCGGGCGGAGAGGGAGAUGCUGGGGGGAGACGAGGAAUUUUGGGGCCCAUUCGAGGAGGGGGCACCUUCGGCAGCAGCAGUGGAGAGUUCGGUGGCACCAGCGGCGGUGCCGGAUGCGACGAUUGCGGCCGAGGUGGAGGAGAUAGCAGCAGCAGCAUCAUCAUCAGUGCUGGAGGAGAUGGCAGCAUCAGUGCUGGAAGAGGAUCCACCAGCGGCAGGAGGAGGUGCAGCAGUGGAGGGGCAAGUGGCAGCAGCCGGAGGAGCAGGUGGAGGAGCAGCAACAGUGGAGGUUGAGGUGGCAGCAGCAGUGGAGGAGGAGGAGGCACCGUCGGCAGCUGCAGCGGAGGAGGAGAUAGCUGCACAGGCCGAGGUGCAGCAUGGGGGCGAUGACGAGCCCCUCAUGCAACAGUUCCUCACGGAGGAGCUCGGUCCGGCCAUAGCGGGUAUGACCACGGGUGUGGAGAGGGGGUUUGGGAUUUCAGAUUCGGAGAUGGGGACCCACUUAGACUUAGAUUUGUCGGUGGGCCUUCCACCCAGUUGCGGCGGGGCGACAUCGACGGACCGGGCUCCAUCGAGGGACGAGGCGCCAGGCAGGACUUCGACGCAGACCGCGAGAGAGAGGACGACGACUGAGUCUCAAGAUGCAGCACACGACAUCAUGGAGCAAGAGAGGGCAAGACUUUUGGCAUCGACUGACCCUCGUGCUCAGGCGUUCGCACGGGCCGUAGAGGAGGCCAGGCGUCUAGAGAUAAGGGGGGAUUGUGUGCAGGAUGGGGUGGUGGCGGGGGAGGACGUUGCGGAGGGAGUGGCAGCAGAGCUGGUACUCGAGGCUUUGCCGGGUGGAGCAGAGACAGUGGACGUUGCUGUUGAAGGACGGACUCUGGCGGUGGGUGAGGCUAUGCAGGUAGGACAGCGAUGAGUCGAGGGCGCUAUAGACGCAUGGCGCGAGGGGCAGGAGACAGCGACGGGUCCAGUCGUUCCGUUCUCGAGCCUGA